AUGGCAAUGCAAGAGUAUCUAUCGUUAUUGCUGAAGGAAAGGUCAGCCGACACCAUCGUCUUUGUUCGUGAUGAUGCGAAAGUAGAGCAGGAUCGAAGAAUAGAAUUCAACAACAGAACGAAACAAACCAAUACCACGUGUCCAUGGAAACCACUCUCCAAGUGCCGAGCGCCAACUCUUCCAAGUAGAACCAACAGCGUGGAAGAUCUCGGUGCGGUAGUAAGCAAGCUGGCAGAAUGUGAGAAGCAAGUCAGCCGUGUUUCUAGCAAACAUCCAUCUUUUGAUGAUGAAGAAGAUGAUGACGAAAAUGCUGAUUUCAGUCCAUUCGAUACCCUAUCGAAGGAGUUCAUGUUGCAAAGGCCUCUUCAUAAGAGAAAUUCACUGGAUACAGGCUUGACCAAGAUAUCAUCGGUACCUUUGAAGGAUCCCGAUGAAUCCCCUAGAAGCCGUUCAAGAAACCGGGUUUUCAGUGACUCCUAUUUGGAAACUCAAACACCAAAUGUCUUGAUACAACAUGAGAGACGUAGGUCCGAAGAUUACCUCACGCUUUCCCACGCACAGCACAUGAACCUAAAUGGUGGUCGAAAAAUUAACAGAACUGGAGGAUCGAUUCGUCGAAAAGCCAGGAAUAAUUCUACCGAAGCUCCUCCUGUGAUCCCAUUUCGAAAGGAAAGUGAUGAUGAUCUUGCAUGGUCUUCAUCCAAACAAAACCGAAAGGAGGAUCAGGAGGUCGUUGAAACAUCGGACAGCACCAUUUUGAAUAGCACAUGGGAGCCUCUACAACAGGAGCACCAGCGUGUUUCGAAUUGCCAAAAGAAGAAAAAUCUUCUUAGCUUCUUCACUGAUACCCUUUCAGACGAAGAAACAAGAUGGCUGUCUCUGUAUGAUCGCCCUUUUUAG